AAUCGAUUGCUUGUGUGUCAACACUAUUUUGGCAGCUAAGCAAUCUGAAUUGUUUGAGGUUGGCUAAAUAUUUUAAAUAGGCUGUGUCGAACAGGAAACUAGGGAAAUUCAAAAUUAACAAUCGUUACGGGGCGCGUCCUAAUUAACUCUCCACGAAUCAAAAUGGCAUUGUCCGGUUACAUACGCGAGGGUCUGAAUGUGGCUCUCAUCAUGGGCGCUGGUGAUAUGAUCGCACAAAUGGCCGUCGAGAAGAGGGACUUUAAGGAUUGGAACGCCGGCCGCACGGCACGGUUCAGUGCACUCGGCCUGGUCCUUGUCGGGCCCUCGUUGCGCAAAUGGUACGGCGCGCUGGAUACUAUGGUAGUCAAGGAGCAGUCAACAGUGCAGCGCGGCAUCAAGAAGAUGUUAAUCGAUCAAGGCUGUUUUGCGCCCCCAUUUACAUUGCUUCUGUCGUAUCUGGUGCCAUAUAUCAAUGGCGAGAAGCAUGAAACGAUUGUGAAACGGAUAAAGGAAAACUAUUUUACGAUAAUGAAAGGAAGUUUUAUGGUGUGGCCAUUGGCGCAAACAAUUAAUUUCACUUUAGUUCCCGUGCAGUAUCAAGUCAUCUAUGUGCAAGUAAUUGCUCUCUUUUGGAAUUGUUUCUUGUCGAUGAUGCUUAACGAACGAUAAGAUGGCCAAUGAAUUCGUAGCUCCACAGAGACCUGAAUAGUGUGGUAAAUACAUGCCGCUACUAAAAUAGACUGAAAGAUAAUUAUGUAGCAACUCGCUUCAACUUACAGAAGUACACUCAUAAAAUUGUGCAACCAAUUUAUUUUUGGUUAUCAAGUAAACACGUUCAGGUUUCUGAAA